AUGGGUUUCACCACUGCUAUUCUUGUUCUUGAGAUGGCCUGUUCGGCGUGGCUGAAUUCCGAGGGUGGACACCCAAGGCGCUCACCAGUUCGACGAUCGGCCGUUGCAAUUGCCCAGCCUCUGUUGGGGAGCACAGCGAAGCUUUUAGCGGGGAACGCGCUUCGGUUGGAACCAGAUUUGGUUGUCCUUGGGCUAAAUUCUUUUCCUCACGAGGGAUACAGUGGAGUCAGGGAGGUGAUUCCAGCUGAGGUUGAAAAGGAUAUCCUCAUCCUCGACUGGAAUCGAGCAUAA